CAUGUCUGGCUGAGGUCGGCGCGAAGCGUUGCGUGUUAGCUCAGCGAAAGUGGCUUACUAAUAUUUUGAGACCUUUAGUUUGCUUUUAACCGAUGUUAGUAGUUAGGACCAGCCGUGUAGUGCGUCCUCAAGCUAGCAAGAAAUACAUCAGUCGGCUGGAGAAAGGAGCUGAAACACACACUCACACUGAAGCGCCUACGGUAGCCGCUAACUGGACGGACUCUCUGGCAAUUGACCUUUUGCAGUGGAAUAGUGGAAUAAAUCUUGAACCAUGAGCUCAGUGGCAGUGUUGACCCCGGAAAGCUUUGCAGAGCAUCGCAGUGGUCUCAAGGACCAGGAGAUUGCAGGCUGUGUCCCGGAGGAUGAGGCCUACAUCCCUACCUAUCUGGAGGCCUUCCCUCCGCUACCGGAGAAGGGAGCACCAGGGGAGAAGGCUGGAGAGCCGCCUUCGGCAUGGGGGAGCAAGAUCAGACCCAUCAAAGCCUCUGUCAUCACCCAGGUGUUCCACGUGCCCCUGGAGGAGCGUCGUUACAAAGACAACAGCCAGUUUGGGGAGGGCGAGGAGGCCAAAGUGUGCUUGGACAUCAUGCAGCGAACGGGAGCGCACAUCGAGCUGUCUCUGGCCAAAGACCAGGGCCUGUCCAUCAUGGUCACUGGCAAAGUGGACUCCGUGAUGAAGGCUCGCAAAGAAAUCGUAGCUCGAUUGCAGACACAGGCGUCGGCGACAGUCGCCAUCCCCAAGGAGCACCAUCGAUUUGUCAUUGGGAAGAACGGCGAGAAGCUGCAGGAGCUGGAGCUGAAGACUGCCACCAAGAUUGCUAUUCCACGCCCGGACGACCCUAGCGCCAACAUUCGCAUCACCGGCACCAAGGAGGGAAUUGAGAAGGCUCGCCAUGAGAUCCUGCUGAUCUCUGCUGAGCAGGACAAGCGUGCGGUGGAGCGUCUGUCCCUUGAGAAAGCCUUCCACCCCUUCAUCGCCGGAGCCCACAACAGGCUGGUGCAGGAGCUGAGCCUUGAGACAGGGGCCCGCAUCAGCAUCCCACCGUCCAGCCUGCCCAAGGACGAGAUCGUCAUCACCGGUGAGAAGGAGGCAGUCGCGCUGGCUGUCAGCCGCAUCCGAGCCAUCUACGAAGAUAAGAAGCGGAAGACCACGACUAUCUCUGUGGAGGUGAAGAAGUCUCAGCAUAAGUACAUCAUAGGUCCGAAGGGCAACACCCUGCAGGAGAUCCUGGAGGCCACGGGGGUGUCGGUGGAGAUGCCUCCUCUGGACUCCAGCUCAGAAACCAUCAUCCUCAGAGGGGAGCCUGACAAACUGGGACCAGCACUCACACAGGUCUACGCCAAGGCUAAGAGCGUGAUGGUGGUGGAGGUGACUGCCCCCGCCUGGCUGCACCGCUUCAUCAUUGGCAAGAAAGGACAGAACAUCGGGCGGAUCACACAGCAGCUACCACGGGUUCACAUAGAGUUUACCGAUGGCGAGGAGCGCAUCAGUCUCGAAGGGCCGACGGAGGAGGUGGAGCAGGCUCAGGCCCAGAUACAAGAGAUCAUCAAGGACCUGCUGGUGAGGAUGGACUACACCGAAAUCAACAUAGAUCAGCGUUUCCACAGACACCUCAUCGGAAAGAACGGAGCCAACAUAAAUCGUAUCAAGGAGCAGUACAAGGUGUCGGUUCGAAUCGCCCAGGACUCGGAGCGAAGUGGCCUGGUGCGGAUCGAGGGAGAUCCUAAAGGAGUACAGCUGGCACGCAGAGAGCUCAUGGAGAUGGUCCAGAGGAUGGAAAACGAACGCACCAAAGAUCUGAUCGUUGAGCAGAAGUUUCACCGGACAAUCAUCGGACAGAAAGGAGAAAAAAUCAAAGAAGUUCGAGAUAAGUUUCCCGAGGUCAUUAUCAAUUUCCCCGACCCGUCGCAAAAGAGCGACAUCGUCCAGCUGAGAGGUCCGAAAAAUGAGGUGGAGAAAUGUGCCAAGUUUCUCCAGAAAAUCAUUGCUGACCUGAUUGAAAAUAGCUUCUCGCUCUCCGUUCCCAUCUUCAAGCAGUUUCACAAGAACAUAAUUGGCAAAGGGGGCGCUAACAUUAAGAAGAUCCGCGAAGAGACCAACACCAAGAUCGACCUGCCAACGGAGAACAGUAACUCGGAGAUGAUCGUCAUCACAGGCAAGAAGAACAACUGCGAGGCGGCCAGAGAUCGAAUCCUCGCCAUCCAGAGAGAGCUGGCCAACAUUAAAGAGGCAGAGGUUACAAUCCCAGCCAAGCUGCACAACUCUCUGAUUGGCUCAAAGGGCUGCCUCGUGCGCUCCAUCAUGGAAGACUGUGGCGGCGUCCACAUCCACUUCCCCUCUGAGGGCUCCGGCUCCGACAAGGUCACGAUCAGAGGGCCCGCAGGUGAGGUGGAGAAGGCCAAGAAGCAGCUGCUGCAGCUGGCUGAAGAGAAGCAAGUAAACAACUUCACCGCUGAGCUGCAGGCCAAACCAGAGUACCACAAGUUCUUAAUCGGACGGGGCGGGGCAAAUAUUCGCCGCGUCCGGGACCGGACGGGCGCCCGGAUCAUCUUCCCGUCACCUGACGACACAGAGCAGGAGCUGAUCACCAUCGUAGGAAAAGAGGAAGCCGUACGUCAGGCCCAGAAGGAGCUGGAAAGUCUGGUCAAAAAUCUGGACGACGUGGUGGAGGACAGGAUGGUGGUGGACGUUCGCCACCACCGCCACUUCGUGUGUCGGAGAGGACAGGUGCUGCGGGAGCUGGCUGAGGAGUACGGCGGCGUGGCUGUGAGCUUCCCUCGCACUGGAGCGAACAGCCAGCGGGUCACGCUGAAGGGAGCAAAGGACUGCGUGGAGGCCGCAAAGAAACGCAUCCAGGAGAUCAUCGAGGACCUGGAGUCCCAGGUGACCGUGGAGGUGGCCAUCCCUCAGCGCUACCAUCGCGCCGUCAUGGGCCCCAAAGGCUGCCGCAUCCAGCACAUCACCAGAGAGCACGAGGUGCAAAUCAAGUUCCCUGAGAGAGACGACAGCGCUGCAGCUCAGGAGGUUUUGCCACAGGAGAACGGUGAGGUCAGUCCAGAGGCGGAGUUUGUGCCCCGCAAGUGUGACGUCAUCACCAUCUCUGGGCGGGCAGAGAAGUGCGAGCUGGCUAAAGCAGCCCUGCUGGCGUUGGUGCCCAUAACAGAGGACGUGGAGGUGUCUUAUGAGUUGCAUCGCUACAUCAUUGGCCAGAAAGGCAUUGGAAUCAGGAAGAUGAUGGAAGACUACGAGGUGAACAUCUGGGUGCCGCAGCCUGAGAAGCAGCUGGAUGUGAUCAAGGUGACGGGCCUGGCAGCCAACGUGGAGCGAGCCAAACAGGGGCUGCUGGAGAGGGUGAAAGAACUGCAGGCCGAGCAGGAGGACAGGGCCCUGCGUAGUUUCAAGGUCACCAUGUCUGUGGAUCCAAAGUUUCAUCCCAAGAUUAUCGGCCGCAAAGGAGCCGUCAUCUCUCAGAUCAGAAAAGACCACGACGUGAGCAUCCAGUUCCCCGACAAAGGAGACGAGCAGCAGGAUCUGAUCGUAAUCUCGGGGUACGAGCGUAAUGUGGAGGAGGCGCGCCAGGCCAUCCAGCAGCUUGUAGCUGAGCUGCAGGAGAUGGUGAGCCAAGACGUUCACCUGGACCCGAGGACCCACGCCCGCAUUAUCGGGGCCCGCGGCAAAGCCAUCCGCAAGCUGAUGGAGGAGUUCAAGGUGGAUAUCCGGUUCCCUCAGCCGGGGUCGGACGAGCCCGACAAAGUGACGGUGACGGGUCUUCCUGAGACGGUUGAUAACGCCAUCGAUCACCUGCUCAACUUGGAGGAGGAAUACCUGCUCAGCGUGACGGAGACAGAGACCUUGGCAGCGUACAUGAAGCCUCCAUCUCGCUACGGAGGGGGAGGCGGAGCAGGCGCAGGGGACGACAGCAGCGGGGGUCCAGCUAAGGGCUUUGUGGUGCGGGACGCUCCCUGGAAUGCGGCUGGGAACAAGGCUCCCGACAUGAGCAGCGCCGAGGAUUUCCCCACGUUCGGGACAGUCGUAGCCCCGAAGCAGGCAUCAGCCUGGGGCCCCAAGAAGUUCUGAAGUUGUUCAUCUGGAGAAAAACCAACAAAAAACCAACAAAACUUCUGUAAUUUAGACAAUGAGAGACAAAACAAAUCCCAAAUCUAAUUGCUGCUCGCCUUCCCCUCCUCUUUAGUGACCUUCCUUUUGUCUCUCUUUCUCUGAAUCCCCCCCCACUGUUCUCCUAACAACCAGCCACAAUGAAUUCUGGGAGAACUAUUCCUUCUUUCUUCCUCCUGUCUCCCUGAGUACUUCCACCUCCUCCUCCUCUUCCUUCCCUCGAGAGAAAAAAAAAAAGAACAUUGAGUCCUCUCUCCAUAGUUUUGCUGUCCCACUCUUCCUCUCGGUUGAACCACUGUUGUUUGUUUGUUUUUGUUUUUUUACUCCUCCUGCUUCCAGACUCCGCCCCCUCCCUCGACAUCACCUCAGCGCGGUACAUAAGAGAAGUUUGAAUUUGUCAGAGGGCAGCGAGGAGGCAUCCUCACGUACCUGACGCAAACCUAAAGAGAGAGAGGAGAGUCUGUUUUUGUUUUUUUUGUUUUUUUUUAAGAGCGCAAAGAGUUUGUAAGCACUGACGACUUUUAAAGAUUUCCUCUGGUUUUUACGAAGAGCUUUCUCAUUUCCAGUUUGCUAAUGUGGUGCAGUGGGCUGUAUCCGUGUGUUGAUGGGCUCAGGAAAGGUUUUUCCACCCAUGAAUCGCCUCUUUUUAAAAAAAAAAAAAUAUUUCCAAUCUGGGAGCAAAAAAACAAAAAAACAGCUGCUGUAGUUCUUUUUAAAUAAUACUGAGUCAGAAGACGUGGAAGUCCUGCACUGGUUGUUUUGUAACGAAGGUUGUUUUUUUUGUUUUUUUGUUUUUUUUUUGUCACAACUGUUUUAUUUAUUCAGAAAAAAAACAAAAGGAGCCAUUUCAUUUGAACUACUGUGACCAUGCGUUUUUAUAAAAAGCACUUGCUGUAGCUUGCAACCUUGCGUCUGGGAGUGAAUGCUGUAUGUCAGGGUAUGAGAACAUGUUACCAGUUGUUCGAAGUGUACAAAGUACUUUUCGCUAUUUUUUUAAAAUCUGUGUGGGAUUAUUUUUUUUUUUGUUGUUGUCGUUGUCCUUCUUGUUGGUUUCUGGUAUAUUUGAAAGACUCUGUAUGCGUGUGCGCGCGUGCAAAUUAAGAUGUAUAUUUGAAAGAAGCUGAACCAAACUUUUACUUGGUCUUUGUCCGUUUGUCUGCUCGGAGCUCAUCCUGGAGGGUUUUUUCCCUUUUUUUGUUUUGUUUGUUUGUUUUGUUUGUUUGUUUGGUCUGUUUGUUUUUUAACCUUCUGAACUCGUCUUUAAUUCAGACGUGCUGCUUAAAGUUACAUCUGUGCUCCAGGAUAAAAAAGAAAAAAACUCCACCAUGAACAGCCGCACUUUGGUUUCCUCUCCUUCAGGUGCUUCAUUUUACGGAUAUUUCGUAGCAAAAAAAAAAGAUGCCCCUUAUCCCUUUUUCUGGUUCUGAGACUUAAAAUGUGAGUUCUUUGCUAAAUUAUACGACCGACCCAGACUUUAAGCAGUUUAGCUAAACCGUGCUUGUGCCUGGAGGUUUAAAGGAAUAGUUGAUCAUGUUGGAAAAUAUGCUAAUUAGGUGUUUCUCUGAGAAUUAGAUGAGAAAAUCAGAGCAGGCGAUUGUCCAUUAAAGCAGGAGGAACUGCAGCUGAACUUCAGGUAAAGAUGACUGUCGUGAGCGGCACUGCCAUCAUUUCGCUGCAUCAGUGACUUAAAGUGGACCGAUGCCUUAUUUUCUGUCGUAUACAUUUAUACAGUGCUCAUUUAUUACACCACGCAGUGUAAGGUUUAUGCUACAGCUGACCUAAAUAAUCAGUGUUUCAUCCAUUAAUUUUAAAGUUUAUUAGCUAAAUCUGAAGACAAUAGUUAAGCACAUUGGUAUUGUUUUUAAGUCAGCAUGCUAAAUUAGUUUUUUUACAUGAAAUCCUGAACAGAAAAUUUGUUUCCUGAGUUCUUAGAGAAGUUGAGAGUAACCCCCAAAAUAGUGAAUUAUUGUUGCAUUUGCAUAAUAAAUAAUAUCAGUUGUUAUUAUUAUAUUAGUUUUAAAGAGCUUUUGAUGGAUUUCUAACAUACGUUUUCUAGAUUUUAAGACAACUGGUCUAAUAAAUUUGCUACACUGUAGACUGUUACAGCGAUGUAUGAUUGUAUUUAUAUGGCAAGAGUGUAAAUUAGGGCUGUCAAUGUUAACGCGUUAACACGCCAUCAUGAUUAAAAUUUUAAAAAAUAUUUCUUUUAAUUGUAACACAUUUAACCCAUUCGGAGGGCAGAAUGGAGAAACUUUGGACAAACUGCCCGAAAUGCGUUGACAGACAUUUCAGGGAUUUUGAGUCAUUCUGCGUCCCAGAUGGGUUAGUUGGGUUAAAUAAUGUAAAUGCAUUAAUCGUGACGACUGAUUAAUUCUGCGUUAACAUUGACAGCCCUAAUUUAAAGUAAUGAGAUUAGUCUAGAAAUAAUCCAUAUGAGCUAAAAGCUCACACUUCACUCCUCUAAACAGUGUUUUUUCUAUUCUUGGACCUGUAUGAUGUCAGUGAGUGCAAAGCCCCACCCACUUGCUCCUUAUGACAACCAAUCAGAAGAAGAAAAAAAAGAAUAAGAGAAAAAAAGCUUGUUUCAGACAUGUAUAAAACAUGCAUGUAGCUUCCCUGUCACAAACACUCAUUAGCUAACGAGUUGUCAAUCGCGACUCAUUAGCCAAUCAGCAUGUGGUUUCAGUCAGACGUCCUCCUCGUCACAUGGGAAAAGGAC